CAGCAGGAGAGGUCAGACAUCCAUCCAAGAUGACAAGAGAACCGAGAAACAACAGCAGAUGGAGGCAGAGCAGCAGGACUCGUAUGUUCUAGCUGACCAAGACUUACACAGAGUUUACUGGCGCAGCAGCCUGCCUCCUUCAGAGCGUCCUGGAGAAAGGAGGACCGCAGAGAUGAAGAAGCUGUAUGGUAAAGAUGCAGCAAAGAUUCAGAGGAUGGAAGCAGCCAUGCAGCUCACCUUUGACCGCAGCUGUGACAAAAAAACAGCCCAUGUACUGGCCUGUUAUACCACUAAACCUGUAGGACGAUCAGACUCCAUCAUUAGUAUGCCUGGCACAACAUCACAGGAUGAAGAACCUGUUUUCUGAACUGCUGUGCUGACAUUACUGAAGU